UCCAAGAUGCCAGUUGCAAAAGAAGACUCUUGGGCAUUCCAACCAAUCGGAUCACCAUUUCCUGAAGCUCCUGUUCGUGUUCCAAACCAGAACAACCAAUACGUGGCAUUGUGGUAUAAACAUGGAAAACCAAUUCAUGGACGUGCUUGGAACAAUGACGGGGUUGUCGAAUGUUCGUUCCCAUACAACAAAGCGGAGUUGAAAGGAAAACUGGAUUUGGGUGGACAGAUUCAAAUUCUUCAGUACAAGGGAGACUACAAUUCUCUUGGAUAUUGGUAUGAAUGGCUCCCGUUGAAACAACGUCAUGAGAAUAAUGAGGGUAUUCGUGAAAUUGUCAGAUGUGGAAACUCGGUUCCAGUCUUAGCUAAACUGAAGGAUGGAACUGAUAAGCUUGGUUUUCUGGAUUUGAAUACCGAAGUUGCUUUGUUCUCCAACGCUGGGACCACCGAGAAAUACGAAGGCGGUGCUACUGCCAAUUUCAUGACAAUCUUCCGUAAUCUUAGACCUCCACCAACUGGUCUCAAGGUUUAUGAUGAUCUCUGGUACGAUCUUCGCUACGGUGACAACUUCCCAUCCAACGCUGUUCCAGCUGAUGGUCGUGCUCUCAAUACGGAGACGGGACCACAUAUGCAAUAUGUGGCGCUUUGGUACAAACACGGAGACCCAGUUUUUGGACGUUCAUAUCCUAGUUCUGCCGGAAAGACCAUGGCUCAUUUUGGAAAGAAUAAUCAAGAGAAUGCUGGUCCAGAAGUUGGUUCAAUGCAGUUGCUGACAGUCCCGGAGGCUUCUUGUAUGGGAUUGGAAUACAAAUGGAUGCCUCUUUCUGAGGGAAAAUCUAGUGGAUGGACUACUGUACACAUCGGCAACUCGGCUCCAUGUAUUUUGAAAGAUGAUAAGGGUCUGGAAGUUCUCGGAAAUUUGGAUUUGACUAUUGAGAAGGCAUCUGCUGGUUAUGGUGGAAAAGAGAAGAUUAUGACUGGUGCGGCUGUGGCCAAGCUUAAAGUCUUGUUCAAGAGACGUUUGGCUUAGGGAUAGAGAAGAAUUACAGCUGGAAUCUCUGAUAUUUCCGUUUUGAAUAAAAUUGAAUAUGAAUUU